AUGAAAAGCCAAGAGGACAGCAAAGUUAAGUUAGAUCAACUCAAGAAGCAUGGACCACUUCCUUUUCCUGAGAUCUUACUGUACUGGGUUUUGUGGAUCUCAAUGUGUUCCUACUCUAUGUAUAACAUCUUUAUAGCCUCACGAGGUAUGGCAUCUCAAACUACUGUGUACAUGUAUGUGUUAUUAAUUUUUAUUGUCCCAAGGAUAAAAUGGCACCUGUCUCAACGUUUUAACAUUAAAAUUACUCUAAACUAUUUGGAAACAGGCAUCACUUUCUCUAUAAAACAAUAGACUUCCAUUAAUUUAAAAAUAUUUAUUAAACACCCCCUCCAAUUAAUUGACCUUGUACCUCAUUUCUGCUCUCCGACUAGCCUGUGAACAGGCCUUUGGUCGAGCGGGGAAUUAGGGAGAGGGAAAAGCGAAAAGGCCUGUGGACAAGCCUUUGGGACCGCCGUUCCACGGCACCCGCUGUGCAUCAGAUCCUGAUGCAAGUUCUUAUUGGCAGCUUAAAUCGGAAAAGCUUUCUCCUUGCACAAGAGGAAAUCUUGAGCAAUCAAAUGCUUGCGCUAGUACAACGCUGUCUUGGCCACUGUCAACCAGCAAGGUCUUAUUUCUUGAAACGCCAACGACCGGUACCGUAUUAAUUCUCUUACCGGAGAUCAACGAUUUUUUUCAAAAUCGACAAUUAGGCUCGCGGUCCAUUUCACUUUGUUUUGAGACGAAGCAAAACACGGAUGUUUUCCCUUUUAAUUAUAAUUUUCCCAGGAGUUACUCACGCGCAAAAUUGAUUGACGGAUACCGAUCUUGCUGACAGAUGUUCGGCAAGAUAAUUACAAGAGGGCGGAAUAGCGGCCUCAAACGUGUGUCUACAGGCUCUCUCCCCUCUUCCCUUCCCUUUCCUUGCUAUUUUUUUCCCCAAACAGAGAGCCUGUUCACAGGCUACUCUCCGACUUAUGCUUUCCUUUAAAUUUGUUAAGAAAAGACAAUUAAUAAUAUUAAUAUCAUUCUCAAAUUAUUAAUGUUUCGUUUUGAGGAGCACUUCAAUCAAGAUUUAGUAACAUUAGAUCCGGCCAUUAUGUUGCUCAAAUACUGACAGUCAACUCUCAGGAAAACAAACACCAUUGUACUGGGGUUAGCACUUAAGCUGUCCAGUUUUAGCUUAAACUUUUGGCCCCAAAACAUUACAAAUAUGUCACACCUUGUGAAAUAUUUCUCCACCUGUUACCUUGAUGUAUAACCACGAGGUUUGCAGUUCCUAUACGCUAAUCAGUUAGGUGUUUAGGAGACAAUAAAACAAUUUUACAACUCAAGAAGUUCGCAGAAGUGCUUCUCACUGGUUUAUCCUUUUAAAAAAUAUAUUUUAAAAAUAUUCUGAAUUAACUGAGGGACAGCAAGAUGACAGGCUGUUUUAGGGGAGUGAUUAUAUGUGUUUAUUAAGAAGGAGGUUCAUGAAUAUUCAUGAAUUGAGUGUACUUCCUGGUGCUUGAACUGCACCACCUCUACCUGUAACACCCCUCCCCCCCCGUUUCCUUCUUACCUGGUUCAUGAUUUGUGUUUCUGAUAAAGAAGUAUUUUAAAACUUAGUUUUUAACUCUCUGCCAUAGUCUGUUGCUUCAAGGUCUGGGGGUUACUCUUUGGGUGGGGAUGUGCUACCAUUACCCCCAAACCCUUAGCCAAUACCAGAUCUAAUUUGAGUAAAGUUUGCUAGACUAAACUCCCCUAACCCAUUCCAAUUCUAGAGCCGCUAUUCUCCAAAACUACUGAGAGUCAAUUCCCUGUUUCCCUUGCCCAGACUAAAAUCUUUAACCAGUUGAUCAUUAUUUUUCCUGAAAAAUAAAAACCUAUUCAAGACCCAAACUCUCUGAUUUGUAUGCCCGAUCCCAGACUUACCUGUUUGAAAACCACACCCUCCACAGCGUUACAUACCUACCGGUAUGUUUGUAUGUAUAAUAUACCGUAAAAUUCCGAAAAUAAGCCCCGGGGCUUAUAUUUUUCAAAGGCCCUUUUUGAGGGGCUUAUUUUUGGAGGGGCUUAUAUUCGGAGGGGCUUAUCUAUGGAGGGAAAUUUGCGUUUCAAAAUCGAUUGGACUAGCCUUAUAGUUUGAAGUAAUUUUACCGUUUUUGCUUUGUUUUACUUUAUAUUUGAGGGCAAUUUUCCAAGUACAAGCCCCCGGGGGCUUAUAUUUGGAGGGGCGAUUUAACGGAGGGUUUUUUGCGUUACCGGUUUGGGGGGCUUAUAUUUGGAGGGGCUUAUACAUGGAGGGGCUUAUUUUCGGAAUUUUACGGUAUAUAGCUUGCAUACAUGUAUGGCAUUAUUAGCACCCCACGGGCUCCAUGGGUUCUUCUCAAAACUCUUGUCAGAGACAAAGUAUUGUGCUUGUUUCAUAAAAAUUGCUAUUAGAGUGACCAUCCUCUUGCUGUUCACAAGAGGGCAAGGAGAAAAAAAGUUUUAUUUGUUAUGUUCUUGUAGGGUGUUGUUCUUUCACUUUAAUUAUUGCAUGUCAAUUUUCAUAGAACACAAAGAUGAAAUCUACGAAGAGGAUUUAAAAGAAGGAUGGACGUUUCUGGGGAGAAAAAAGGUCCAUAUAGUUUUUAUUGUUGUUCUUGUUGUUGUUUUAUUCAAAUGGAGUGUACCGGUAUGUCACUUAUAUUGUAACACUAUAACAUUGGUAUAGACUAAUCCACUGAAGUUUCACGCGUGAGAGGCGAGCGAAGCAAAAUUUUCACGCAACUCGCCCGAGCUCGUCCAUGUGAUGGGGAGCUACAAACACGCAAGUAGACACGUCGAUGUUUGACGCGUCUUUGGAAAUAGCAAUCAGUUUAACUUAUGAGGACCAUCGCAUCUUUGCGUUCAUCACCUUAUGACAUGACCUUUAGGGGCGCUUCGACUAAUGGCCGGCGUCUGGGUGUUUGAGUUUCAGCAAUUAUUGCAGCCUGUGUGGCAGGCGCAAAGAGGAGGGGGGAGAGGGAGAGAGAGGGAGAGAGGGAGAAAAACGCGAAAUGGAAAAUCCCCUCCCUUUUCUUCGUCCUGCUGAUCCCCUACACCUUUCAAAUUUUAAUGCCUGCUACGUAGGCUAGAGAAAUUAGUGCACGGUUCUCGACUUACCUCUCGUACUGAACAGCAAUAAAAUACAAUGAAAUAAUUGAUUUGCAAUAAGGUUCCAUUCGUGAAAUUUAUGUUUGAUGCACUUGAAAGCAGUUUCAUUGUCAGUUUUUUUUUUAACAAUUCUAGUUAGCCCGCAGAAUACGGGCGCUAUUUUUUUGCGUUUUUCAGGCGAAUAGGACGUGGAGCGCGAGACACGCGCGAAGCGGGAAGAAAAAUUGAAAGAACGGCUGUUCUAUGCAGGCUAAAAUCUAGUGAGAUAGAUGUUCUUCACUUUCAGAAGCACUAAAUAACUUUUUUUGAAAAAAUGUAGGAUGUAUCAGAUUUUGAAUGGGAAUUUUGGACAAGAACAGUAGCAGCCAUAAUACCUGCCAUGUUGGUUCACAUGAUUGGAGGACUCUUUUUUUCUCGUUUCUUUCCUCAGGUGAGAUCUAUGGUGAUCGACUUGAUUUAGUUUUUCCGUAUUUAAAAAAAAAUACUUUAGCUAAAUUUGAAAAAUGUGUGACUCAGACUGUACAUAAAUUAGGUUCAUAUUCGUCAUCCUGUUCUAUAUUUGAGCACGAAAAGGUCGCGAGCUUUUCAAUAGAGUGUUUUCACAUGACGUCACGGCGGCCAUAUUGGUGUCCCAAAACAAUGAAACGGCGGCCAUGUUGGUGUCCCAAACCAGUCCUCUGGGAGUUGAACUCUUUUCUUAUGCAAACGCGUUCUUUUGUUCCAAUAAAUUUGCAUAUAUGCUGGCCGCGUGAGUGAAAACACUCUGUAGCGAUCUUUUUUGCUGAUUAAGACUUGGUUUAGUACCGGGCUCGAGGUAUGUUUGUAGCCCUCGUGUCCCCUCCCCACCCCCCCUUCAUUGUCCCGUCCUCCCAAACCCCUAUUCCGCGCUUACAACGCAGCCCGCUCAUCCCCAUAUUGACAUAUUGCCAAUUUUGUAUUUCCGACGAUAUAAGGCCCUCACUCAGUUUCUAUAGCAGGGUCACAUUGACGUACACGUGUCAUUUCGAAGGCGAACUGACAUAUAAGACGUAAGCGAAUCGACUCUAGUCGUAGGCGAAACGACCGGAUACCAUUUCGAUUCCCCAUCAUAAGCUAUAGAAUCGGGUUCAAUGUUUUUUUUGGCAAGUCUUGCGAAGGGUGAAAGCUCUCGCCCUUACCUCCAGGCAACGGAAUGAACUUUUUUAUACGGAACCUAACGACUGCGGGUUAAUUAAUCCAUGUUCAUUUCUUCAUUACCCUAGUUCAAAGCCAUCUAUUGCCUGAUGUUUACAUUGUCUUUUUUGCUCUAUGCUACUGGAUGGAAAGCAGUCGUCUUUAUGAUCGCUUACUGUCUGAUUGUCUAUGGAUUUUGUGCUGUCUUCAAAUCUGUUAUCGUGCUCUGGACGUGCUGCGUGGUUCUUUCGCUUUCUCUCCAGAUCAACGUCACAAGAAUCGGGCAGGUAUGAUUAUGAUAUUGCGAUUCUUCGUAAGUUUAAAACAACCUGAGUCUGUUAGAGAUUAUUGUAUUAAAGCAAGGGCGUUCCUUGGAUUUUCCCGAGGUAGGCGCGCAGUUUUUCAAAUCAUCUCUACCCGGUCUCCCGGCAGAUUGGCCAUGCGGGCAACUUAAAGAUACAGUCAAAGUCCGCUUUACGGACCAGUGGCGGAUCCAGGAGAGGGGCCCGGGGGACCCGGAGGGCCCGGCCCUCCCUUAUCUCAGGGUCUGGAUGACCCCCCCCCUUAUCUGAAGAUCUAGAUCCGACACUGCGGACACCCACUUAAUACGGACGCCUCGUUAUUACUGACAGUUGCAAGGUCUCUUAGUGUCCGUAUUAACGGAGUUUCACUGUAUUUCCAUUUUAAUGAUAAGGUAACUGGACCUUACACUUCAGGCAGCAGUUUGGUCUUGCGCGUGUGGCAACUCGUCGGGUAAAUUGCUCAUUUUGCUUUGAAAAAGUAUCCGGUAGAAGUAAACGCGGAGUUACAUGGCCCCGGCAAUUCCACCUUUUUCAGCUUUUUAUCUACUGCUCACUCCUUUGCUUUGUUAUGUUGUUUUUGUUUUUAUUUAUCUUCGCUCUUUUUUCAACGCACUUGCUUCAGGAGCGCUCUACCGGGAGAGCUUGCUCGCAGGCUAAUUGUUUUUUUUUGUAAAAUCGAACUAGUGGUCUAUUAACAAUGCUCCGCUCUGACUGGUUGAGCUACUACUAGGCUAUAUGUUAUAGCCCACUAGUAGCGAAAAGCGCCGGCUUUUUGGCGGCAAAAAUGGAUUAAAGUCUAGCGUUAACUAGCUAAAGUUGUUUUGUCUCGAUAUUUUUGAUCAGCUAGUUGGAUUUUGCUAAAACAAUUAUUCCUCUCGACCUCGUGGCCUCUGAGUCAGUAGCCCAUUUGGCCUUCGGCCUCUUGGGCUAUUGACUCAGAGCCCAUUUGGGCUCAAGGAAUAAUUGUUAAAUAGUGCGUACGGAGCGAACUUUUCUUUAAUUUCUUCCCUCGUGCACGCGCAUCCUCGAAGUUCCUCCUUUCGCCCAACCAUCGGAGGUAUUCAAAGAGGAUAGAGACGGCAAAUUGUUGUUGCUCGAAAUAUUUAAAAGUCUUAAGUGCUUUCGGAACUUUACGGUAAUAAUUGUCACGUCAAUCAUUAUUUCUUAGAUCGAUGUUCUCAGCACCGAUCCUCAAAUAAAGAAUCUCAUCUUGUUUGCGUCCAUGAUGUCCGUUUUACGAUGUAUAAGUUUUGGAAUUGACUACUGCUGGCGGUCACGUGAAACACACAAAGACAAACCACUGAAGCCUUACUCUUUAAUGGAUCUUCUCGUCUACAACUUUUACUUCCCAGUGUUUGCCAAUGGACCAGUUAUCACUUUUGAUAAUUUUCAAAAAACGGUUAGUGAAGCUAAUUCUAGGCUAAACGGUUAGUGAAGCUAAUUCUAGAAUUUUCUAGGUUUUUCAAACGUUGAUGUUUUAUUAAAUCGAAUGUCUUCAAAACGGCCAUAAAUGGUGUGAAGUUUGUUUAUAGUUUCAAAAGAAAGUAUCGUGGAGAAAUUUGUGGGUCUAGCGUAAACACACAUGAAGGCUAUUGCAGUUUUUGUGUGGUUCCAACUAAUGCUGGAGCUACUCUAAUGCCGGCAGACGAUAACUUGAACCAAAUUUUUUAUAACUGAGCUUAGUUCACAAGGAAUCACUGGUGUGAACCUGGUAGGUUCACCAUAAGAUGUAGUUCUUUCAUUUUACGAGCUUUUGUGAACCAGCGAAUAUGAGAAACCAUUUUCCUUUCGUCGUCGAUAUUUGCAUUAGGAAAUGUAUAUACAUGUAUUUUGAAAAUGCUUUUAUCACUUUGGCAAGGAUAAUAAAAUAGUGUUCGUAAGUAAAAUUAAAAGAUCCGUCUCGAAUCCGCAAAGCUAGCCUUUUUUGAGACAGAGCGAAUCAAGGAAAACCAAAAUUCGUGUUGACGCCAGUUUCACUACAGCUAGUUUCACCACCCUUUUGUACUGUACUGUUUAAGCGUGAGUAUUCUUUUCCACUUUUCCACCCCCUCCUCUCCCCCACUUCUUAUAACUGAUGUUCUCUCACGGGUGGUGGCAGGUUGCUGUCGGGCUAUUUCUAGCCAUAAAUCUACGGUAAAACGGGCGACAACAGACGUGCAACUAGUUUUGCAACAUAAUUGAAAAAGCGUUGUUGCGCGUUUUACCAACAGCGUUUAAACCUGUCUUGCAACAAAUAAGGUCGUUGCAAGUUGCGUCAAUACGAACCUCGGAUAUCUAUUGGAUAAAAGUACAAGCGAGCUACACCAUGCGAGCGAGUUACGUCACUUGCUGCAAACAAGUUCGCCGUGGAAAGUUCGGUAAAACACGCGACAUGUACAGAUUUUGUUGCAAAAAGUACAACAACCCUCUUAUUUCUGCAAUAACUUUAGGCGUCCUGCAACAACUUGAUAUGUUGCAGUACAGGUUCAUGAUUCGUGGGUGGUAAAACCCGCAAAAUCGGCGCUAUUCAACUAUUUCGUUUGCAGCAGUGUUGCAACACGUUGCAAGUUUUUGUUGUCCGUUUUGCCGUGGCUUCGACAAGACGAAUCGAUUUUAUUCUCCAUCCAGUAAUUGGGAGUUUUAGCCACGACCAUGAUGGCACGAUGGCAAGGAAAAUUUCACUAUAGUGAAAAGAAUUUUCCUGGGGUUGAAUUGUUAGGAACCGUACCCAUUUUUUUAUCGUUUUGUGGUUAGUCUUCCUCCAUAGGUCGUCAGAUGAGGAAAUUUCAUGUCGUUUCCAGUGCAGUGACGGAAUGUACCAAAAGGUGUGAUGCACGUGCAGCGUUGUGGUUUUUCUUCGGUUAACGCUGUUGUUGCCUUCGCGUCGUCGUUGCCAAAAUUCCCCUCAAUAAAGCGCUUACUUCAUUUCGAGAACUCAGUGGUGUUAUUUAUUUAAUCACGUACUAAUUUACUGCUUUUUGACUUUUUUUUAGUUUUAUCAACCUUACAAGUCUUUUACCCGCGACGAAAUCAAGUCACUUCUCCAAGAUACGGUGCGAACAAUAUGGUGGUACAUAUUCCUGGAAAUCUACCUUCAUUUCUUUUACUCUACAGCCAUCACAUUAGAUCCAAGAAUAUUCAGCUCUCUUUCCAAUUGGGCUAUCGCAGGAAUCAUGUACUCUCAGCUAAAUAUUUUCCUUGUGAAGUACAAAGUAUUUUACAUCGGCGCUGGAGUGUUCGCGCGGAUCGAUGGAGUCAGUGCUCCCUUGCCUCCGAGAUGUGUAACAACGUUAUGUCUCUUCUCCGAUAUGUGGAAGUAAGAAAUGUUUCUUUUGUUGUGACUAGUAUAAUAAAUUCAGUGGAACUUGUAUUAAGUGGAGCCCGUACUAUAACAAUUUUUGUUAAUUGGACAUAUGAGAAUGUAUUCGUUGGAAAUUAGCGUCAUUUAGUCCCUAUUUAAUUCCGUAGGUGUCCGCUUAUAGACAGGUUUCACUCGUAAUUUCGACUUACCGUAGAGUCCCGAUUUCUUGAACCCUUCAGUGGCUGACGCAGACCUUCAGAGGGGGAGGGGGGGCGGUCAUGCAAACCCUGAGAUAAGAAGGAGGGGCCAGUCUUUAAAACUUUUUUUUCUCAGCCCUUCGGGCCUCAGUUUGGUCCAAAAAUAAGGAGGGCCUCGGGCCCCUCAGCCCCUCCCCUGGAUCCACCACUGCCCUUGGUUCUUGGUAAUCUCCACUGCCGGAAUUAUUCAAACCAAAUCUAAUUUCUCUUCACCAGUCGGCAAACACUGUAAUUUUAACCCCGAUUUCUCAAACCUUCCGAACACUCGAAACAGUUUGCCUUUCUCAAGGUUGUUUUUGUUUCGUUUCUGCUGUAAUUCUAAAUAGGGAGCUUACGACGGCGAAGAGAACGUCACUUAAAAAGUGCACUUGCGCUCUUCAAACGUCAUUGCUCUUAUCACGGUAGUUUUUAACGAGUUAUUAUAACUCCAAAAAUGGAGUAAAAAUUUUAGGUACAGGAUAACCCCUUUUUGGGGGCUACUUUAUCUCCUAAUUCAACUCCGAUUUUGGGGUCAUUUUUACUCCUGAAAAAGAGUUCUUUUUACUCCCAGUCUGGAGUUAAAAUAACUCCGAAAUGGGGCUAUUUUUACCCCUUACAUGGGUUGUUUUUACUCUUUUUGAAGUUAAUUUAACUGUGAAAGUGGAGUAAAAAUUUUAGGUACAGGAUAACUCCUUUUCUGGAGUUAUUUUAACUCCUCAAUAUCUGGGGUCACUUUUACUCCUGAAAAAGAGUUCUUUAAACUCCUUUUUGGAGUUAAAAUAACUCCCCAAAAAAUAACUCCACUGUAAGGAGUUAAAUUAGUCCCACUAGAGGAGUUAUUAGAACUCCUUGAAAAUUACUGUGAUUCCAUCACGUUUAGUUUCUAAAAUAAUGAAGAAGGGAUGCCGGGAAGGACUCCUGGACUUCCCUUGAUGCAAUGCAUCUCUCCAUCAAAUUUGUCCCAGGAUGGCUGGAACGAGUCCCCUGCAGUUGGGCUCUCUUAAGAUGGCUUGAAAGGAAAAAUACUACGCAGAAUCUCAUGCAGGUUGGCGGAAGUUGAACAGUUGAAAAUUCAUUUGAAAACCAGUUCUUUUAAUGCAGCUUGCUUCUGGAUAUCCCAUUAAAUCUUUCCAUAGGAAAUGGACGAUCUUAUUAGCAGUUCUAAUUGCGCUCGCCGCUUGGUAUAUUUGAUUUAUUUAGUAUUAUAACUGAGGUUAUAGAUAUAUUCGCGCGCUGUUAUUAGUCCAAGACUGCAUUAAAAACAAAAAAAAUUGUUUCAUAAACAAGGCCAAUUUACAUCACAACUUGGAAGUGAAGGAAAAUAAAUUAAAGACGUUUCGUACUCCUGGUAGAAUAUUAUAUACCCCAAAACAGAUGAAAAUAAGCCCAAAACGAGGAUAGGUUGACCACAAAAUGAACCCAUCUCUCGAAAUUCUACGCCAGAAAACAACUUUUUUAUCACAGUUGUUCGUUUACCUUUGAAAAUAAAAAAAGUCACCCGCUGUAACUCUUUACGAAAUUAACUUUUUCUAAACCUGCAGCAAAGCCACCAGCUCUCUGGCCAUAUUAAAAAGCGCAUAUUCAUGCAGUCUAGGAGAAAUUGUAAUUAUUUCGAAAUAUGAGCUAUUGUAGCUGUUAACAAAUAUACUCCUGACAGGUGAAUACCAAAAGCGCCCGUAAUAGUUUGUUAGAUGGCAGGAAGUGCAAACACUGGUUUGCUCCAAAGAACACAAAAGAUAUUUAGAAACUCAUUUUGACGUGCUGUAAAUUGUUGCUCUUUAAACUGGCCUUUAGAAUGCAGCUUGUUCAUAUGUAAGACAUCUCUUCUAUAUACAGUAUCAAGGGAAGGAUGUAACGCUAAAAUAGCUGGAAAGAUCUUUCUCAAACUUGGUAGUUUUCGUUUGCUGGGCUUUUACUUGAUUCCUCUUCGCCAGACUUGUUUCAACAAACUGAUCUGCAAGUUCAUUCUACUUCUGAACGCAACGUCUGCACAUCAAACGUCUCUUUUCCGAUCUUUCAUUUCAAAUGAUUCAAGAUCAAGCUGUUGCGUCAGCAGAUUAGAGUCCGUCAGUGAUUCUUUUGAAAAAUUCUUUAUCUCGGCACUUCAUUCAUGGCAGCAGCUGAAGGAUUGCACACGACGUUCAUUAUUAAUUGCGCCUUCAACGCUUUUUCGUCUUAUACUGCCAUAGCAUUUAACAUCAUAGCAAUUCAAGCGAUGAGAAAAACGCCCUUGCCAACUCCUCUAAAAACAUUGCUUAUGAAUCUAGCUUUUUCUGAUCUUGGCGUCGGCUUGCUGGCCCAACCUAUGUACGUUGCAAGUCUUUUCCUCAAGGCGAUGAAACUGAACACUGAUAACUAUUUAUUCAACAUCGUCUCUGUAGUCGUAGUGAAUAUUCUUUCCUUCGCUUCGUUCUUUCUUGUGACUGCCGUAAGUGCAGACAGAUUCUUGGCUAUUCAUCUCCAUCUUAGAUACCAGGAACUUGUAACUCUCAAACGAGUUGUUUCAGCAGUUAUAUCAAUUUGGGUUUUUAGCGCAAUUUUUUCGCUUCUAUUUUCCUUUAUCCCUGAAAUGGCAUUUUUAGCAAAAGUUUCAAUAACAGCGUGUUUUAUUUCGACGACGUUUUUCUAUGUUAAGAUUUAUGUGGCUGUUCGACGACACACAAGUCAAAUUCAAGCCUUGCAAGUUAACGAAUUAUCACAGAAUGGCGAAACGGCGUCCGCUUUGAGGCUGAGAAAAUCUGCUGUUAGUACAUUCUACGUGUAUGUCGUGUUCGUGGCUUGUUAUUUGCCGAAAACUUGCCUCUUGUUGGCUGGUUCCAGAGCUUUACAAAGUACAUGGAUUAAACAUUUGAAUGUUUACACCUUUACACUGCUUCUUGUGAAUUCAUCUCUAAAUCCUGUGAUUUAUCGCUGGAAGAUGAGACACAUUCGACACACUGUCUUUGAAUUACGGAGAAAUAUAUAUUCCAAGGUUUGCAAUAACAGCAACAACAAUAUCAGUGUGGUUGGAGCACUAGAGCAAUUCCCAGAGACCCUUAUUAGCCUGUGAGCUACGGUGGCGUGGUUUGAUAGCACUCACUUUCCAGGUGAAUGUGACCCGGGUUGAGUUUAUUGUUGGCUCUCGCCCUUGCUCUGUGAGCAGUUUUCCCGCAAGGGCAUACUCGGGUAAACUUGAUAUGUUCCUAAACAGAUAAUGGUCACACACCACAGCCAUAUCAUCUCUAACCAUUGUGAAACAUGGCCGGCAAUGAGAAACCAUGACGAGUACCUUGGUCAACUUGUUGCCAAGGCCCACUGUACAUUCGAAAAGGCGAUACGUCUACCAUCAUCGUCAGACAUUUUACUCAUUAAAACACAGAAGAAGAAAAACGCGAGCUGGUAAAAGAAUGGGUGACAUUUAGCCGUAGAAGAGAGAGUUCGCGCAUGUAACUUCGCUGGUAACAUGUAACGGGAAAACCUUGCACCGCUCAUAUCAUGCAAGGAAUAGAUUAUAUGCUGCGUUAGUUCUGUUUGAAGACUUAUAUCGGGAUAGGUUGUAAUAAUAAGUAGGCUGAACACAGGCAUAUCAAUAUAAAGGUUUAUUUGUUACAGUCAAACCAGGUCAAGCGUUCCCGUCGCUAACAAACUAAUGAAUUCAUUAAUGGAAAAAUGAUUUCGUUUGUUGAUUCAAUAAUCCAUUCAUAAAAUGAAUAAUCCAACGGUCAAAUUGUACCUCGAUUCAAUAAUCAAAUGUUGAUUUGGUUUAUGAACAAAAUCUACCUGUUCUUUAUUCUUGUUAGCCUCCCCGCAGACGUCCUUUGGGGUUCGUUUGUCACGCAUUCAUUUCUCCCCCACGGACGUCUGCUAAACAGAGCCGACUUUUACGUUCACCAAUCACAGGCCGUUUACGGAUUUUUGUAAAACGUAACCCGAGCCGCUUCUUAAGAUUCGCACGAUCAGAGCACAGGCAGCCCAAGCGCACUAUUUGUGGGUUCGGGCUUCAGAGGUCAUUUGGUCGCAAUAUACUAGAAUUAUUAGUGUAUUAUCUCAUAGUUAUUAGAGGAGACUGGUUAUGAAAAGCGGCAAACAUCAAUGAUAAAAACAACAGUGCUGCAGUUUAUGUUCAAAGCACCGUGAAAGUGCACAAUCCUUUGUUUUCUGUUGACAAAUUGUUACGGAAUAAAUUAAUGCAACGUUUUUAUUGGUCAAUACAAUCAAAAUGAUAGGAAUUCUUUUGAACGUUGUGCACUUUCAGGUCCACAAAAACAUAUAACAAAGGAGUCUGACGGGUUUCAUAACCAUUCCACUCAAUUAACUAUGAUUAUCUGAAGCCAAAUAAAUGCAAAAAGUCUUAAAGAUAUUUAGCCGAAGUUUAGCCGAAUUCUUUUUGUUUGUCUAUCUGUACUAGUAGCCUUUAAGAUAACGAAAAUCGAUAUUUCUUGCAUUAUUACAUGUGAUUCGGGCCCUUAUUGUUCGAAUUUUAUCACAUGUAUUCGAAUCUACAACGCUAAGAAAAAAAAAAUCAUGAUCACGCGAAAUAUUGAUUCAAAAAGCUCCCUUACCUUUAGUUCAUAGCCACUCUGUGUCCUACGGUCGGUUUAAACGCCGUUUAGUCGACUUUCUUUCCAUCGAAUACUAAACACUAUAAAAGAAGGGAAGGCUGGAGACCUUCCAACCGACCCUCGCCACUCGAAGGUCAAUAAAUUCCAAACAAAGCGACCGAUCUCCCUAAAAUUGCCACCAGCCAGACCGAAGAGUGUAUACCUACCCGUUCGACGAGCGCCAGGUUCUAAAUUCGGCUGCAUGAGCUCGAGAAGCGCUGCAUUUCGCAUCGAUUCUGGCCAGCUUCGCUUCGCCAUGAUGCGCAAUUCUGACUGUUAUCCUACGAGAUUUGAAUCUUGGAGCUUGGCGACCGCGUCAGAUCGACAAAACGUCACUCUCGCGGGGGAGGGUCGUCACUUUUGCCCUAUCGCAAACCGACACCGUCCGGGGAGCCGGUGCGUUUAAUUCGGCCGGAAACAGCUCACGCGUGUAUGACACAUGAAACCCAAAAACGUCCCCAACUGUCUUUUCUCCGAUUUGAGAUUUAAAUCUUGCCAAUAACAAUUACAAAACCAGUUCGUUGCAGUCAGUUGUCUGGAUCAGUAGUUCUGUUCAAAAGAUUUUCUUUUCUUCUUCAGAGGAAAAUCCUCCUCUUUUCUGGCUACUUUUGAUAACAUCGUUAUCAACAGACUUUCUUCAAACGCUAGAUACACGCGAUCGCCACAGGAACCGAAAUACACGUGAUUUUUACUAACAAACAAGCUACGUGAAGAAGAAAAAUAUAUUUUAGGGUAGCUCUGAAAAGAACUGUUGUUAAAAUACGAGAGGAAAUAUCAAACUUGAACAGAACUACUGAUCCAGACAACUGACUGCAACGAACUGGUUUUCAAAUCUCAAAUCGGAGAAAAGACAGUUGGGGACGUUUUUGGGUUUCAUGUGUCAUACACGCGUGAGCUGUUUCCGGCCGAAUUAAACGCACCGGCUCCCCGGACGGUGUCGGUUUGCGAUAGGGCAAAAGUGACGACCCUCCCCCGCGAGAGUGACGUUUUGUCGAUCUGACGCGGUCGCCAAGCUCCAAGAUUCAAAUCUCGUAGGAUAACAGUCAGAAUUGCGCAUCAUGGCGAAGCGAAGCUGGCCAGAAUCGAUGCGAAAUGCAGCGCUUCUCGAGCUCAUGCAGCCGAAUUUAGAACCUGGCGCUCGUCGAACGGGUAGGUAUACACUCUUCGGUCUGGCUGGUGGCAAUUUUAGGGAGAUCGGUCGCUUUGUUUGGAAUUUAUUGACCUUCGAGUGGCGAGGGUCGGUUGGAAGGUCUCCAGCCUUCCCUUCUUUUAUAGUGUUCAGUAUUCGAUGGAAAGAAAGUCGACUAAACGGCGUUUAAACCGACCGUAGGACACAGAGUGGCUAUGAACUAAAGGUAAGGGAGCUUUUUGAAUCAAUAUUUCGCGUGAUCAUGAUUUUUUUUUCUUAGCGUUGUAGAUUCGAAUACAUGUGAUAAAAUUCGAACAAUAAGGGCCCGAAUCACAUGUAAUAAUGCAAGAAAUAUCGAUUUUCGUUAUCUUAAAGGCUACUAGUACAGAUAGACAAACAAAAAGAAUUCGGCUAAACUUCGGCUAAAUAUCUUUAAGACUUUUUGCAUUUAUUUGGCUUCAGAUAAUACACUAAUAAUUCUAGUAUAUUCCGACCAAAUGACCUCUGAAGCCCGAACCCACAAAUAGUGCGCUUGGGCUGCCUGUGAUCAGAGAGGCUUUUGAUCGAGUGUGCUAGAAAUUUCUAAUUAAUACAGAGUUAAACAAGUAUCAGAGAGAAGCUAUCCUGCAAAUUUUAUAGCGAAAACCGAUGAGUUCAUAAAUUUGCCGACGGGAUUUGGCAAAUUCCUUAUCUCUCAAGCUUUGCUGCUUGUUUGCGACAUAUUGCGUGGAACUACGGGACAUUACUGUUGAUGUUGUUUCUUCCCUCCCUGGUAAAUCUUGAAAGAUCAAUCUACAAAGCUGGAAAAUAUUGGUAUUCCUGCUGUAACGCUCUGUGAUAUUAGCAAAGAGAAUAUGAGGGUUGCCGAUAGAGGGACUUUCUCUGUUGUUUACGGAAGCCCAGAAGCUUGGUUGAAGAUCGAUCGGUGGAGGAAAUGUUAGCGAGUGACUUUAAUAUACAGUUACUCUGUGGUCCGUGGGGGAGAAAUGAAUGCGUGACAAACGAACCCCAAAGGACGUCUGCAGGGAGGCUAUAUUCUUGUCUGUUGUGUUCAAUCGUAUUUGCUUCCCUUUUCCUGCCGUUUACGAUUGCGUUUUUCAUUGCCUUUAAUCAAAAUAACAGCUAGAAUAGACAGACCGCAAACGCAAAGAAACUGACAAAGGCCGAGGAUCGAAAUCCACCAAUCACCGCACAUACACUGACCUCAGUUUGACCGUCGUGUUUUCUAAGAGGUCAGGCCUAGGUCUGUUGCACUGAUUAUUGGCAGCAAACUGGCGUACAUGUAACAGUUUGUUUGGGUUUGAACUUCAGAACUCGCCAGCACUCGACUCUCAGAAAAAAAAGAGGAAAAAACAAAAUUCUGAGGUCAACUUGUGGAAAGUGUAAUUUUUCAAAAAACAGUAAUCGAAUCAACAUUCGAUUAUGCAAUAGAGGCUAAAUAUGACUAUUGGAUUGCUGAUUUCAUGAAUGGAUUAUUGAAUCAACAAACGAAAUCAUUUUUCCGUGAAUGAAUUCAUUAGUUCGUUAGCGACGGGAACGCUUGACCUGGUUUGACUGUAAUUAGUAUACAGGAAGCGUGCUUUCGUAAACCGAAUAAAGAUGAAUGAGGCGGACAUUGGGGGGUACCCAACACCGCAAUACCGUAAGAAAAAGUAGCAAAUGCCGAAAUACUGUGUCAAAAAUCGACCAAAUACGGAUACCGUAUUUAUGAUCAGUCACGUUUACUUAAAGCUAUUUCCAUCUCGUGUGUUUGUUUGCCUCAAGCGUGCAUGCACCGGAAAUCAACCUCAGACAUUGCGACAAAACGUGAGAAGACCUUGAUCGCUAAAACGAUCGAAAAGCCCGGUCAUUGCAUGCCCUUUCAAUUUCGUCAUAGAUUGUGUAAUCAUUUUCCAUUAAGUCUAAAGUCUUAAAAUAUUAACUUUUAUUAACCCGAUUACCUUGCUGUGGUUCGUGUUGCACAUUGUAUUGAUCUGUACUAGACAGGGGUGCGCAAAUAAAUGGUACCGCAAUACCUUGAAGGAUCUUCGUUUACCGAAUACCGUCAACCAAAAGGAUAAAAAACCGUAUACCGCAAGGCUGGAUGAUAUCGCAAUAUCGCACAUUAAAAUCAAAAUAUACCGCUUGAAAAAAAAGCUCAAUACCGCAACAGGGGCACCCAACGUCAAUUUUCGGAAAAUACCUGUUCGGAAGACGAUUUGAGAUCUAGAAUUUUCGGAACAUUUGUUGUAAAAUUUCUUGCUUGCCUGCCUCUGCUAGGAUCUUCAAACAUCUAAAAAUGGUUUUGAACAAUAUUCUCGAUGGGUGCCCCUGACCGCAACAGCGUAAACCCCCAUGUCCUCCUCAUCAGCUGUCCUCAUGAAUGAACAUUCAUAUUUGAAAAUUUGGUAGUAACGAAACUAAUACCUUAAUACCAUCAACUCACGUGAUGCAACUCACUUUGACUCUGAAGAUGACUACAGGUUGUCGAAAAGUCAAUCACUGUCAACAACAGUCGUAUUCAGGACUACGAUCACCCAGACGAUCACUGAUGCCUGACCUACUUAAGUUACGAAACUGUUAUGUAAGAACUUUUCAGAAACCAGUUAUGAUCAGUCUGCUGGAAACGUAGAGAAUUAUUUGGUCGGCAGUGAUUUCAUUUUUUACACAAUUUAUACUGCUGGUGGUAUGCUUUCUUUAACUGAUUACUGGAUAAGAAAGUUUGGUGCAUAGAUUUAUAUAUGCAGUAUGCAAUGUGAAACAACUCUGGGUGCAUGUUCGUUUUACAAUAGUUAUUAAAGUGGAAUCGUUAUGAAACCCGUUAGGCUCUUUUGUUAUAUGUUUUGUUAGCUUUUUUUUAGCAGACCGUGCUCAAGGUCCAAUAGCAUUCCUCUCAUUUUAAACGUACUGACCAAUAGAAACAUUGCAUUAAUUUAUUCAGUCACAAUUUGUGAACAAAAAACAAGUCUGUGCACGGUCAGGGAGCUUCCAACAUAAACUACACCACCGUUGUUUUCAACUUUGAUGUUUGCCGGCUUUCCUAAAGGUAUCCGUCUUGUAGAGGUAUGUAGAUGCAGUCGGUGGUGCUUUCUUUUAGAUCAUGUUUAAAAUACAUACCGUGUAGCAUGAAAAUUUUGCGGGUUCUAAUUUUUGCGAAUUUUGCGCAUCGACCUCGAUCCGCAAAAAUUAGUUCCCGCAAAAUAAAACGCCGCAAAAAUAGAUUACAGCCAUUUCGAGAGAGGUUGUCGGGAAAAGUGCACGCUACAAUCCUGAAUGGCAUUGCGGGUGGUUUUGAGUUCUCUGUUUUUCAAAGAAAUUUGAAAGAAUUGGCACGAAAGGCCAUGGAAAUGUGUUUCCGGGUGCUAAAGGAAAGCAACAAAAGUAGGUUGUGUAUUGAUGAUAUCCCAUAUUACCUUUUGGGACUGUCGCGUGCACAUUUUUUCCGACAACCUCUCUCGAAAUAGCUGUAUAUACCGCAUCAGUUCUGUGUAAGGACCUGAUGGGAUUGUUGGUUUGCACGUGACGCCACGGCGGCCAUGUUGGUGGUCAAGAACAAAAGCAUUUCUUUCCUCUGGGAAAAAAAAAUUCUAUUGUACUGACCACGUCACGUGGUUGCAAACCAAGAAUUCUGACGUUGUAGUAAUAUGAAGCCCAUAUCGCUUGUUUCAAAUGUUCACCGGGCCACUCUCGAAUACGGGACUGAAGUAAUUUCAGCCCAAGGGACAAUACUAGCAACGUCCUUUUCCUUUUUAUAAGAGAAACUAUUUCCGAAAUGUGAAUGACCAAACAAACACUUAACGAACCGGACGAACUUCAUGCUUUUCAGCCUUACAGUCAAGGCAGGUCAAGUGUACCCCCAAGAUUCUAUUUUUGAAUUGAUUGUUUGAAAAAUGAAUCCGUUUGUCGUUCCCCUACCUGGUGUCGCAUAUUUUACGAGAACUUCUAUGUAUUUGGUCAUAUUGAAAAUCUUUAGAUGGAUAAAAUUUCUUCCAAGACAUUUACAUCAAUUUCAGGGAAACUGAGGGGGUAGAAAUUUCAUAACUACCUCGUGAAUUCACGCCUCAUUACGCAUACAGGAAUGCCGAGAUGAAUAUGAAAUAUGUAAUUACCGACGGAUUCAACCUGUGAAUAAUAAAUUCAUUAAAGGAAUCUUGGGGGGUAUGCUUGAACUGGCUUGACUCUAGUAGUCAUCCGUUCUACUAAGAUGAAAACGAAAAUGGCGUCCUCAAUCUACCUCCUUUUUACCUGUGUGGUGAGCCGUGGCCGCCGGCAACUUAGAUGUGUCGGGUGAAGUGUUUUAUUUAAUGAGUAAUUACGGUGAGAACAAAUGGAAAUUUGUAGGGAAUUCUUUGUGUGUUUAUGACAUUCUCCUUUAUUUUCCUGCAGGUUUUAUUUUUUUCUUCAUCUGUCCACUUUGUACACAGUCACCCGACACCAUCUGCCAAACAUGGCGGAAUAUCCUCCAAAUUUAUUCAUGUACAGCCAACGAAAGAGGCAACGGAAGAUCCUGUCAAUAGCACCAGGAAUCGUAAUAAGCACAAUCUAAAUUCCCUGCGCAAACUGGAACAAAAGGAGCAACAAAUCCUUAGCGACAGGAUCAAAAGAAACGCUACUGAGAACAUGAAAGACGAGCUUGUAAGUUCGACAAGGAGAGCGAACGGUUCUGCCACCGAUGUCAGAGGAAGAAAUUAUCUCAACAGAUCUUCAGUAAGAAGCAGAAAGAGUUGCCAAAGCUUCAAAGGAAAAAGACAGGUGACACAUCCAUGUGUUAAGAGAAUUGUGAAGACCUAUCACGCUGCCCUGGAUGAAAUUGUGACUGAAUAUGAAUGCCGGAAAUCUUCGUUCUACUGUCCUCAAACGUCAAGUGGAUUGUAUCGUUGUGAGCCUGUCAUGAAGUUUCAUACGGGUCUUGGCAAGACCCUGAAGGUUGGAUGCUGGUGUAAGCCGUGAUUCGAGUUUAUAGUUGAAAGAACACUCAGUUAUGUAAUAAUUAAGUACCGUAAAUUAUCGAUUAAGCGCUGCGGCGCCUAUUUUAUUUUCCCUGUUAUAGGUGCGGCAGAAAUACGAGAGCGGUGCUUAUUUCAGUUCAACUACGGGUAAAACACUGAGGGAAUUAUAGAGAGAAUUAAGUGAGGCGCGUACUAGGUAUGCACAAUCGAACAUAUAUUAUAUGAACCCAGUUCCAAGAGACUUUAGAACUCACGAGUUGGUGGAGGUCUUAUUUCUCAAGCAGUAUGGUUUUGAUAUCUCUUUAUAUCAAGCGUUGUUACAAAGUUAGGGCGUUAAUUUGUAAAUACCCAGAUUAGCGCCGCAGCACUUAUUCGAGAGCGGCGCUUAUUAAAUUAUUUUCGGUACAGGUGCGGCACUUAUUCGAGUGGCGAGACUCGUAUAACCGCUCAAAAAACGAGACUGCGAGACCCGUGAAAUUCAACUAAAAUUUUGCGAGACCCAGAGUUUUUGAAGAACCAUUCGCCACCCCUGGUAUAGUACAGGAUUAUCUGCAAAUUAAAUGUCAGCCUAGCCUCUCCACAGACGUUUUUCGUUUUCGAAGGGAGCGCGCGAGUAAUCGUGGAGUGGAGAACGAACGCGAAGCGUGAGAAAAAAACCUCUACCCCCACCACCACCACAAACCUUGCGCUUGCGGUAAAUAAACCCCCCGUGUUUUUUUUUUUUCCACACACAUUCGACGAUCUCUAAAAAGAAAAUAGUCUGUCUGUGGGCUGGCUUAUACAAGCCUCAAUCGUUUCAUGUAAGAACACUUUAGAGAGAUGCGAUCGCAGUCACUUUUUUUGGCACUUCAACUGCAAAUUUACGCCACAGGCCUGUAAGGCUGCGUGCAAACGGACACAACAUUGUUGACCAACAACUUCCAACAUUGUUGGAUGUUACAUGCUGCGUCCGUUUGCACACCCUGUUGCAUGUUGUUUGAUGUUGUUGCGUGUUGUUGGGCAAAGUUUGAAACCGGUCAACUUUUAGCCCCGUGCAAAGGGACGCAACAUUGAUGGCUUACAACUCCCAACAUUAUUGGGAGUUGUUGUGUCCGUUUGCACGUAGCCUAAUACUUAUCAAUCAAGUAGUUUUUUCAAAAAAAAGGGAUAUAAUGUAAUCGAUUUUUUGCUUGAGUAAGUACGGCUUCGUUUUGCGGACAAUGGGGACCUGGCUUGAGAGAUCCGUUCUCGAAAUACCUACGAUAAAAUAGACCGUGCUCACGGCUUGACAAAGCUCUCGCUGUCGCGGCUUCGCUCCGCACUUUUAGGAAUCUGAGGAAUUAGGGAAGAAAAUAAAAGACCUCUGGUACCUAGGGUAGGACAAUGGAAGCCGUCAGCAGCUUUAUGGUUGUAAGUUUAAAGGCGGACAUGUAAUGUUUCCACUUUAACUUUUCAAGGUUCCGGUUAGUUUUGAUUCGGGAAUCAAUCAUCAGCUUAGUUCCCCUAACUGUGGAUGUAGAGUUAGUUUGAAUUAAUACAUGGUCAACUGAGACUCUUCAAGAAAAGUAGAUGUUUUUAUUGGAAUGUUUACUUAAAAAAUCUCGAAAUUUAGAACCAACUUGAAUGUAAAUUGCUCAACAUCUUGCGGUUAUUGCUCAGACUCAAAAGUUUAAACCAAUUUAGAGAGCGUCGAUAGACAUUGCCAUAGUGAAAGUAAUAAUGAUCAGUUUCCGUCACGUCCAGUUUUAUAUUUUCUUGAUGGCCUUUUUCAGGCUCCAAGACGGUAAUGUGUAGUUCGCGCGUGUCUUAUUUUCCCUGGUUUGUCAGUAUUUUCGCCUACUAUCUGAAGCCCCAUGCAAAUGGACGCAACAUUGUUGGCCAACAACUCCCAACAUUGUUGGAUGUUACAUGUUGCGUCCGUUUGCACACCCUGUUGCAUGUUCUUGAAUGUUGUCGCGUGUUAUUGCACAAAGUUUGCAACCGGUCAAACUUUUCAGGCAACAUCUCCCAACAUUUCUUCUGUUCCGUGAUCGCUGAAGCGUAGCGCAACAAUGUUGGAUCCGUUUGCACAGCUCUUCCAACAUUGUUGGGGCCACGCAAGCUCAUUACGCAUGGAUUACAAAGACUUAUGGGUUGUAUUAUUCCUACGAUGCACUGCAGGUCCCAACAUCGUUGGAAGUUGCAUUUGCACACCACUGCCAACACGCACGCGACAACUCCCAACAUUGUUGGCGCAACAAUGUUGGGAGUUGUUGCGCCCGUUUGCACGCAGCCUUAUUUUCCCUGGUUUGUCAGUAUUUUCGCCUACUAUCUGAGAGCCUGGCAACGGCUAGUAUUUUUACGGCUGCUAAUUUGCUAUCAGCCAACUUUUUAAAUAAGAUAUCGUAUAGGCCCUCCGUUACAGAAGGUAAUAUCAGGGAAAAUUUGAAACCAAAGUUGUCUUUUGAUUUCCUUCUGUCCAGUCAAAGAGUUUCAUUUUGCAAUGCAAAUGUUAUGCAGAAAUGCACAACAAUAAAACCCAUCGACUGCGCGAUUAACUUAAGACAUAACACAUAAUCGCUAUGAAAGACCUACGAGUUUCGAUCUAAUCUUCCGGAUCGCAGUCGAUUGCCUCGAUGUUUUUAGGACGAUCAAGACUAUCCGUCCUAUUUUAUGCAAACUAAAGUCUAUGUAGACCUUGAUUCUAAUGUAUCCAGUCGAUUGCGAUCGCCGCAAUUAUACGGAUUGUCCCGCAUUCAUAGUUGUUGUUGUUGUUUUAUCUUGACGCUUUGCACAGCAAGAACUUUAGUAGUAAGCUCAAAUUUCGAAUAAUUCCUGUGAAACUUAGGGCGCUUUCCAUUUACCAACAGACUCCGAUGCUAGUUUCAGGCUUUCGGGGCCAUUUUUCGGUAUCAAAGAGGAGCUGAUUUGUGCAAAUGAUAAACGCGAUUCCGUGAAGAAAUUUGUCAGCCCUGAAUUUUGCUUUCCGUUUGCCAAAACCGUGAACCGACCAGUUUUUUCAAUGGAAAGCCCCCUAAAAAACCUUUUUCCUGUACCUUCUGGACUGUUUUCAUUCCCCUUAUCGGUGAGAUUGUCGAGAUUGACGGCCGCUGUUUUAUGGUGAGCAAAUGGUACUCUUUUGUAAGUUUUCGCUUACCAUAAGAAACAACGGCUAGUAGCGCUCUCCAACUCGCUGAUAGACCUCGAAAUAGAGGACGGUGAACAGUUUGUGUACCAUCUUAAUUCUUUCUGUUUACCUUUUCAGGUACUUUGACAGAGGCCUACACGGCUGGAUGACAAGGUUUGGCUUGACUUAUGUUUAAAUCCUUGUGGUCAGCGUCACGGGUCAAGGUCCUAGCCAAAAGACUAGUAGUUCUGACUUCUGGGGACGAGAAUGAAUUUAAAUCUGUAGUGGCUCAGCGGAUGCUUAGGGGGAGGGGGUGGGGGUCUCGUCACAAGUUCACGAACGACAAUUUUGCGUUUCACGAGUCAACAAACAAGUGUAUUUGUUCCUAUUUAUAUUCACGACUAAGAGACGGGAAUGGGUGUGCAGCUCGAACUAUGGAGCCUGAGUGUUUAAUGCCGUCCAAAUAACAUACAAAGUUCAACAUCAUAACUAAAGAAUGGUAAACAAAUAUUCCUAAAUAAAGUCACUCAGGCUAAACUAUUCACGUGCGCCGCCUGAUACGAAAACCCAAAAAACCCAAUAGGGAAAAAAUUGGGAACGUAUUCCCCAACCGAUGCGGUCGCACAACCUCUGGGGGUUAAAGGUAAAAAAUCAAUCGAUAGAUGGAUAAAGUAAGGUAUAAAAAUAAAAUUUGAUAGUUCGAGAGCUGAGAUGAAUACAUUACAAGUGUCAAAACCUGUCAAAACCUUAUAUACCUUACAACAAUAGAGUCAAUUAACGCCAUAGCGGCUCACGUGCGUUCAUACCAAUAGGAAAGUAUUUACAUUCUCUGUCACUGCCACUACGUUUAGCUCCGCCGAAUGUAAAUACAUUUCCUAUUUAUAUUCACGACUAAGAGACGGGAAUGGGUGUGCAGCUCGAACUAUGGAGCGACUGAGAAAAAAAAGAACGGGAAACAAUACAGUCCAAGAGACAUAGAGACCGCUAAUCGGCUCUCUAUCGAGUCUGCAAAGUAACCAUCCUAGCGUUUUCCGAACGCCAUCUACCAUGGCGCUUAAACAUUCUAUCGGAGAUACCACCAUUAGCGGCGGCAGAUGCACCGCCACUUCUGAAGCUGUGCGAAGAGAAAGACUUAAGAUCUAAGCCCACGUCUGUAGUCUUCUUCAAUAAAACUUCUCUACAUCUUGUAGUCCAUCCGCCCAGGCUCCAAAUGUCUUGUAAGAGCCAAACUUGGUUGAAUAUUUCCGAACAAAUAGUCGUCUCCACCUUGGGAAGAUGUCGGUAAAGUGAGUUUGGCUUACGAUAAGUACUUCUCUAAAUUACCCCAGGGGAAAACAAUCCGUGCCAGACUUGACAAUAGGGACAAUAGCGCCCUCGCGAAAUUGAUCAGUUUUACUACUUUCAAUAAAAGCUCAAAACGAGGUGUCAUGCAGAGCUAAAUCUUUAAGUUUCAGAUUAGCCAAUUCGUCAAAUCUUAAGAACCCCGCAAAGGCCAGUAACGCCAUGGCGAUGAAUCUCGUGUCCACCAAAGAUCCAUCGAGACUCUGAAAAAACGUUAGUAAAAUUUCGGGUGUAAUGGGGAGCUUUUUGGAAGUAAGGUGUAAUAGCCUUCUCUUAGCGGACUCCACGACCUUCUGGGGAAGUGUAUGAUUGGUAGGAGAGUCAAAACCAGCAAAAUCAUGAGCCCAGCGGAUGCUAUAGAGGGCGUUCUGGACCGGCGCAGGAGAACUAGAAGCCUGGAGAACACUGAGCAGGUAUGAAGAAACGUAAGCCGGAGUAGCAGGCAGCACUGCCACCUCGGGAAAUCUGUUGGCCCAAGCACGCCAUCGCUUAAAACUGUUGAGGUAGGUGAGAGUAGUCGAAUCUGCCCUGGAACCAAGGACUACCUCCGGUAGCUUUUUUGCUACGCAGCGUAGGGAGGGAGCUCUGACAUCGUUAAGCUCAGCCCACAUAGGGCUAGCGAAAAACAUCUGAAAAACAGAAGAAAUAAAAGACCAUAUGGAUUCAAUAUAAGGACUUAAAAAUGAAAAAGAUGCACGAGAAAAAAGGAGCAGAAAAAAGGAAACGCGCGGUAAUAUGUAGUGAAAAAACAUACAACUAUCACACAGAUACAUAACAAGAGAGUGGCCACCGAGGCGCACUCGACCAUAUAUAUGGGGGACCUGGAAGGAUUCAAAACUUACCGAGGUCACGCAAGAAUGUAACGGUACGACCCGUCGGGAUCAGUGAAGGUACAAACAAGGUCACCGAGACCCGCGUAAAUGCCACCGAGGCAAAAGAAAAAAACAGAACAAAUCACUCAAAAAUAAUAAACCACACUAAAUAUAGGCUAAACAAUAACUACAUGUAACUGCGGAAAAGAAACUAAGCCUAGAAGCACAAAUCUAACAAGCCGACAAACGGACGGCUAAUACAUGAGACUAAAGUUAGGGCCAUAAAAAAUAGACUCUGUGGAGCCCGGAACAAAAAUAUUAGAAACAUUGGUAAAAAACAAUGGUCUCUUUAACGCAAAAGGAAAAAAGGGGGAAUGGGGACCAAAGAGCAUGGGCCAAAAUGGAGCUGAGACCCACUUGGGGACAAUAAUAGCGCCCAUGGACCGACAUACAAACAAAUGCCUAAUAACCCUGGGAACAAGGGACACUGGGGAAACGAGCUAGUUAUUCUCCCCCGCCCUGUCAAAACAAAAGGCAUCCACCCCCUCCAAGUCAGGAUACCAGAAACGAGAAAAGAAUCUGGGCAAUUUGCGGUAUUAGAAUGGGCAAAACGAUCUACGGAAGUGGACCCCAAAUGUUGUCUACAGGGCGAAAAAAUUCAAACGAAACACCCCAAUCAUCAAAGUCAACGAUCCUGCUGAUGGCAUCCACGUGCCCAUUGAGAGACCUAGGAAUCCAGUCCACCUGCAAAUCAAUACCAUUUCGCAAAACUAGCUGAAAAAUAGAGACGGAAAGUUCGUGUAAACCCCGCUUCAUACUCCCGUUGCGAAUAAUGGACGGAAUGUAGCGGUUAUCCGUAAACCAUUAAAUCGCGCACCCUGACAAAACUACGGAAAAACUAGAGAGACAAAUAUAGCUGGGAAACAUUUCAUUAGCAGUCCACGGACGAUGACAAAUAAAGCCCUCGUGGUCUUAACAACACCGCCAACCCCUAGAUCACUAGCAUCUGAAUAAACAAUGGAACGAGAACAUGAAAAGUGACGCCCAGUGGGCCUACCAUUCAAACACCGAACGUUCUCUUUCCAGAAAAAAAAAAGCUCUUCUUUGACAGAAUCGGACAAAGGAAACCUAGAGUCCCAACUAGACUGAAGGACGAUGGACAUAUGAAUAACCUUUGUCAUCAACGGUUGUAACAUUACCUACAGCUAGUUAAAGGAAUUAAUACGACCAGCAAGAACGGACAGUUCCCUGGCAGUGCAACAAUUAGCCUCUAAAAGGGAAUCAAUAUCAGAAAGAACCCGUUUGAGUUUUAUCCCCUGAACAAAAAGGAAACCCUGAAAAAGAUCAAUGAGGAAACCCAAACAAUCAAGGGCUGAUGUAGGAACCCAAAUAGAUUUCUCGAGGUAGGGUACAAAGCCAGAACGAAUCAAAUCAGUCUUAACCCUGGUGGAAUGGUCUAAAGCAACCGGAUAUGAAGGCCCCUCCCCUAAACCAUCAUAAAUAUAAACGACAAUGUGAAUACCAACCCACCUUUUCUGUAAACAAAAGGGAUUGAACAGAGGCCGAAGGGCAGGACCCUGAAACAAAACUAACGGACCUUACCCUGGUAAAACCAGGAAAAACCCAAAAAUGUCUGGUGGGGCGGGAAGAUAAGGACAUGAUGAUAACCCCUCUUAAUGUCAAAUGAAAACAUGAAAUGACCCUUGUCAAAAUAAUUCAGAGCCACCUUAAGAACCUCAAACUUGACCUUUGGCUUCCAGACAUGCUUAUUUACAAACCUAAGGUCCAAGAUCAACCUCUUCCUCCCAGAUGAUUGAACAGAAACGGAAAGAGGGUUGACGUUAUGUAGCAGGACCUCCGAUCCAAAAAUGCAAUUGGUAACCAACAAUAAGGAAACAGCUUCGUUAACAAAAUCAGAAUGCGUCAAAGCUGACUUAUUAUAACUAGAGUGGAAAGGAAUACGAUAACCAUGCUCGAUAACAUCUAGAAUAAAUUGACUGGCGCCUAUAGAACGCCAAAACUGAACAAUGAUAUGGGAUUUUAGCCUACCGGCUACAACGAUAGUAGAAACUACGACCCUGUUCAUAUUCAAAAAAAAAAGUCAAAAUCAUCUUCAACAAAAUUCGUUAACUUAUCUGUGUCCUCGACGAGUGCACCAACAUCCGAGUCCAUCACGUACGUUUCCCAGGUUGGCUAGGUAAAAACUACGCCUGAAGGGCGGGGCACUGAUUCCUGAAAAGGCCGAAACUGCCAAAACUGCCAACACUGCCAACACGCGAACCACGGUGAGCCUUAGGCCAAUUGACGGCAACGAAAGGGUUCGAAAAAUUGGAACUUUCCUUUAACUCUUCGAAGGCCUUUUCAACUUGAGGCGAAGACUCCUGAAGGGCGGUCGAAGCAGACUGGACGUGUUCAAGAACUUCAGAAUUAAGUAGGAACUGCUUCUCGUUGCCUUUCUUUUAAAACUUCGGAACAUUAGCAGUAGCUGUCUUGAGCUUCUUCAGCGCAGCGUCGUGUCCUUGUGCAAGUUCUCUCUUUAAAGAAGAUAAACCAGAUCGAAACUCGUCUUUGAGCUCGGAAAUGCUUCGCGAGAUCAUCAUCGGACGGCAUUUUAAAAUUUGAUAGUUCGAGAGCUGAGAUGAAUACAUUACAAGUGUCAAAACCUGUCAAAACCUUAUAUACCUUACAACAAUAGAGUCAAUUAACGCCAUAGCGGCUCACGUGCGUUCAUACCAAUAGGAAAGUAUUUACAUUCUCUGUCACUGGCUUGACUCUAGUAGUCAUCCGUUCUACUAAGAUGAAAACGAAAAUGGCGUCCUCAAUCUACCUCCUUUUUACCUGUGUGGUGAGCCGUGGCCGCCGGCAACUUAGAUGUGUCGGGUGAAGUGUUUUAUUUAAUGAGUAAUUACGGUGAGAACAAAUGGAAAUUUGUAGGGAAUUCUUUGUGUGUUUAUGACAUUCUCCUUUAUUUUCCUGCAGGUUUUAUUUUUUUCUUCAUCUGUCCACUUUGUACACAGUCACCCGACACCAUCUGCCAAACAUGGCGGAAUAUCCUCCAAAUUUAUUCAUGUACAGCCAACGAAAGAGGCCACGGAAGAUCCUGUCAAUAGCACCAGGAAUCGUAAUAAGCACAAUCUAAAUUCCCUGCGCAAACUGGAACAAAAGGAGCAACAAAUCCUUAGAGACAGGAUCAAAAGAAACGCUACUGAGAACAUGAAAGACGAGCUUGUAAGUUCGACAAGGAGAGCGAACGGUUCUGCCACCGAUGUCAGAGGAAGAAAUUAUCUCAACAGAUCUUCAGUAAGAAGCAGAAAGAGUUGCCAAAGCUUCAAAGGAAAAAGACAGGUGACACAUCCAUGUGUUAAGAGAAUUGUGAAGACCUAUCACGCUGCCCUGGAUGAAAUUGUGACUGAAUAUGAAUGCUGGAAAUCUUCGUUCUACUGUCCUCAAACGUCAAGUGGAUUGUAUCGUUGUGAGCCUGUCAUGAAGUUUCAUACGGGUCUUGGCAAGACCCUGAAGGUUGGAUGCUGGUGUAAGCCGUGAUUCGAGUUUAUAGUUGAAAGAACACUCAGUUAUGUAAUAAUUAAGUACCGUAAAUUAUCGAUUAAGCGCUGCGGCGCCUAUUUUAUUUUCCCUGUUAUAGGUGCGGCAGAAAUACGAGAGCGGUGCUUAUUUCAGUUCAACUACGGGUAAAACACUGAGGGAAUUAUAGAGAGAAUUAAGUGAGGCGCGUACUAGGUAUGCACAAUCGAACAUAUAUUAUAUGAACCCAGUUCCAAGAGACUUUAGAACUCACGAGUUGGUGGAGGUCUUAUUUCUCAGGCAGUAUGGUUUUGAUAUCUCUUUAUAUCAAGCGUUGUUACAAAGUUAGGGCGUUAAUUUGUAAAUACCCAGAUUAGCGCCGCAGCACUUAUUCGAGAGCGGCGCUUAUUAAAUUAUUUUCGGUACAGGUGCGGCGCUUAUUCGAGUGGCGAGACUCGCAUAACCGCUCAAAAAACGAGACUGCGAGACCCGUGAAAUUCAACUAAAAUUUUGCGAGACCCAGAGUUUUUGAAGAACCAUUCGCCACCCCUGGUAUAGUACAGGAUUAUCUGCAAAUUAAAUGUCAGCCCAGCCUCUCCACAGACGUUUUUCGUUUUCGAAGGGAGCGCGCGAGUAAUCGUGGAGUGGAGAACGAACGCGAAGCGUGAGAAAAAAACCUCUACCCCCACCACCACCACAAACCUUGCGCUUGCGGUAAAUAAACCCCCCGUGUUUUUUUUUUUCCCACACAUUCGACGAUCUCUAAAAAGAAAAUAGUCUGUCUGUGGGCUGGCUUAUACAAGCCUCAAUCGUUUCAUGUAAGAACACUUUAGAGAGAUGCGAUCGCAGUCACUUUUUUUGGCACUUCAAUUGCAAAUUUACGCCACAGGCCUGUAAGGCUGCGUGCAAACGGACGCAACAUUGUUGACCAACAACUCCCAACAUUGUUGGAUGUUACAUGCUGCGUCCGUUUGCACACCCUGUUGCAUGUUGUUUGAUGUUGUUGCGUGUUGUUGGGCAAAGUUUGAAACCGGUCAAACUUUUAGCCCCGUGCAAACGGACGCAACAUUGAUGGCUUGCAACUCCCAACAUUAUUGGGAGUUGUUGCGCCCGUUUGCACGUAGCCUAAUACUUAUCAUUCAAGUAGUUUUUUUAAAAAAAGGGAUAUAAUUUAAUCGAUUUUUUGCUUGAGUAAGUACGGUUUCGUUUUGCGGACAAUGGGGACCUGGCUUGAGAGAUCCGUUCUCGAAAUACCUACGAUAAAAUAGACCGUGCUCACGGCUUGACAAAGCUCUCGCUGUCGCGGCUUCGCUCCGCACUUUUAGGAAUCUGAGGAAUUAGGCAAGAAAAUAAAAGACCUCUGGUACCUAGGGUAGGACAAUGGAAGCCGUCAGCAGCUUUAUGGUUGUAAGUUUAAAGGCGGACGUGUAAUGUUUCCACUUUAACUUUUCAAGGUUCCGGUUAGUUUUGAUUCGGGAAUCAAUCAUCAGCUUAGUUCCCCUAACUAUGGAUGUAGAGUUAGUUUGAAUUAAUACAUGGUGCAACUGAGACUCUUCAAGAAAAGUAGAUGUUUUUAUUGGAAUGUUUACUUAAAAAAUCUCGAAAUUUAGAACCAACUUGAAUGUAAAUUGCUCAACAUCUUGCGGUUAUUCCUCAGACUCAAAAGUUUAAACCAAUUUACAGAGCGUCGAUAGACAUUGCCAUAGUGAAAGUAAUAAUGAUCAGUUUCCGUCACGUCCAGUUUUAUAUUUUCUUGAUGGCCUUUUUCAGGCUCUAAGACGGUAAUGUGUAGUUCGCGCGUGUCUUAUUUUCCCUGGUUUGUCAGUAUUUUCGCCUACUAUCUGAAGCCCCGUGCAAAUGGACGCAACAUUGUUGGCCAACAACUCCCAACAUUGUUGGAUGUUACAUGUUGCGUCCGUUUGCACACCCUGUUGCAUGUUCUUGGAUGUUGUCGCGUGUUGUUGCACAAAGUUUGAAACCGGUCAAACUUUUCAGGCAACAACUCCCAACAUUUCUUUUGUUCCGUGAUCGCUGAAGCGUAGCGCAACAAUGUUGGAUCCGUUUGCACAGCUCUUCCAACAUUGUUGGGGCCACGCAAGCUCAUUACGCAUGGAUUACAAAGACUUAUGGGUUGUAUUAUUCCUACGAUGCACUGCAGGUUCCAACAUCGUUGGAAGUUGUUGCAUCCAUUUGCACACCACUGCCAACACGCACGCAACAACUCCCAACAUUGUUGGCGCAACAAUGUUGGGAGUUGUUGCGCCCGUUUGCACGCAGCCUUAUUUUCCCUGGUUUGUCAGUAUUUUCGCCUACUAUCUGAGAGCCUGGCAACGGCUAGUAUUUUUACGACUGCUAAUUUGCUAUCAGCCAACUUUUUAAAUAAGAUAUCGUAUAGGCCCUCCCUUACAGAAGGUAAUUUCAGGGAAAAUUUGAAACCAAAGUUGUCUUUUGAUUUCCUUCUGUCCAGUCAAAGAGUUUCAUUUUGCAAUGCAAAUGUUAUGCAGAAAUGCACAACAAUAAAACCCAUCGACUGCGCGAUUAACUUAAGACAUAACACAUAAUCGCUAUGAAAGACCUACGAGUUUCGAUCUAAUCUUCCGGAUCGCAGUCGAUUGCCUCGAUGUUUUUAGGACGAUCAAGACUAUCCGUCCUAUUUUAUGCAAACUAAAGUCUAUGUAGACCUUGAUUCUAAUGUAUCCAGUCGAUUGUGAUCGCCGCAAUUAUACGGAUUGUCCCGCAUUCAUAGUUGUUGUUGUUGUUUUAUCUUGACGCUUUGCACAGCAAGAACUUUAGUAGUAAGCUCAAAUUUCGAAUAAUUCCUGUGAAACUUAGGGCGCUUUUCAUUUACCAACAGACUCCGAUGCUAGUUUCAGGCUUUCGGGGCCAUUUUUCGGUAUCAAAGAGGAACUGAUUUGUGCAAAUGAUAAACGCGAUUCCGUGAAGAAAUUUGUCAGCCCUGAAUUUUGCUUUCCGUUUGCCAAAACCGUGAACCGACCAGUUUUUUCAAUGGAAAGCCCCCUAAAAAACCUUUUUCCUGUACCUUCUGGACUGUUUUCAUUCCCCUUAUCGGUGAGAUUGUCGAGAUUGACGGCCGCUGUUUUAUGGUGAGCAAAUGGUACUCUUUUGUAAGUUUUCGCUUACCAUAAGAAACAACGGCUAGUAGCGCUCUCCAACUCGCUGAUAGACCUCGAAAUAGAGGACGGUGAACAGUUUGUGUACCAUCUUAAUUCUUUCUGUUUACCUUUUCAGGUACUUUGACAGAGGCCUACACGGCUGGAUGACAAGGUUUGGCUUGACUUAUGUUUAAAUCCUUGUGGUCAGCGUCACGGGUCAAGGUCCUAGCCAAAAGACUAGUAGUUCUGACUUCUGGGGACGAGAAUGAAUUUAAAUCUGUAGUGGCUCAGCGGAUGCUUAGGGGGAGGGGGUGGGGGUCUCGUCACAAGUUCACGAACGACAAUUUUGCGUUUCACGAGUCAACAAACAAGUGUAUUUGAUCUCGGCCACCUGUAUGGGUGAUCUCUGCGUGGCUUUAAAUUCCCUAGGAAAGCCAGCUGUAGGUGGGUCUGAAAGCACUGAAGUUACAUUAAACUGAAAGACUCAAAAGUGAAGUUAAAUCAAGCCGUCAGAUGGCUCUUUUGGCCAAAUUAAUGAUUUAAUUUCUUCAGUUCAUCUCCAAUGUUCGUGUACAGUAUAGAGAAUUUUGGCAGUUCACGUUUCACGGAGUGCACCUCAAUCACGAUUCACAGAGCAGUUUCUCAGUACAUCACGAUUCACGGACCCCAAAAAUGGUCGAUGACGGCUUCACGAAAAUAAACUUGCCUUCCUCUGCUCUGUGUAGUUUAAAGCAAAAUCGCUAAGGGUUGCCACACUCAGGGUAAUGUCAUAAAAAGACCUUUUCUGCGAGGUUAGGAAAAAAAACCGUUUUUUGUUUUGGAAAUCUCAGGUUAAACUCAGUUUCUCCUUAUACAAAGGUUGUCAAAAGUCAGAAUUUUAUUUUCGGAUUGCCACAAGAUUUCGUAAGAUAAUAAAAAAAACAUUUUCAUCCGAAAAUAAUCUUAUUUGACCAGUCUAUUUUCAUAAUCCAAAUCCUGCCAAAAAGCUAGAUUUCGAUGAAAAAUCGCUCAUAGGUCAACAAAAAAUCAGCCUCUUUUUGGCUUCAGAUCAGACUGCAAACUAGUCCGUCUUUUUGCGUUCGUCAAGAACGCACGUGUGAGACUUAAACACCGGCGCUUUGCGCCUUGAGAAACCGAUUUUGAGAAAAAAAAACGACUGUUUUGCAGUCUAAGAUAGUAGUGCCUCAAUUAUCAUCACGGUCGAUUCACGAUAGCAAGCUCCGGCCAUGCAAGGACCAGGGUAGCCAGGAGAUCCAGGGCUAGCCAGGCAAAGUCAGGAGAUCGAGAAAAAAAUAAGAGGGAAGUGAGGGAGAGAGGAAGGAAGUUCUUUCGCUUUCACUUCCUGCCCCACUUCCUCGUAGUUUUGCCUGCUUACAUCUCUUUUCGCCGUCCGCGCAAUCUGAUCACCUGGAACAGGCUAGGGUUGGGCUGUGUUCCAACUCUUACCGUACAAUGAAAUACAGUCCAAUUGAUUGACCAAUCCCAGCUCGCGUACUAACCUAGAAAUAAAACAUCUUUUUAUUGGUCUUAGGUAUAUCUACAUUCCCAUGGGAGGGUCCCGUAAGGGCGUCAUUCGUCAGCUCACCGGCUCGUUUCUAUCGUUUGCGUUUAUAUGGCAGUGGCAUGGAGGUCACCUGUACGCGCUUUGGUGGUUCAUUCCUAAUUGGCUUGGUGUAGUGGUAGAGAGCGCAGCAGGAAAGGUGUUGGCGCAGCCGUCUGUAAGGCGUAUGGAGGUUGGUGUUAGAGACCGGUCAUUAUUUAUCGUCUGGGGGAGGGGGGCGGGGCGGGGUAUGUUGGGGGGGAUCACUCGACGUUUAGGAGAACAAAAGGGGGGAUCAGUCGUAACUGAGAACCCGAAAGGGGGGAUCACUGGAAACUUUGGAAGGAUUCAGAGGGGGGACCACUCAAAUUUGCUUAGAAAAUGAAGACAUGGGGUGGGGUCGCAAAAGUCAUCAAAUGUUAGUCGGGGGGAUCACUUCAUUGAAGUAACAUUUGAAAGGUGGGUCGGCUAAAUUUUACCUUCUUUAGCCUCAAAUCCUCCUCCUCCUCCUCCCCCCCCCACCCCAGGAGAUAAAUAAUGAAAAUAAUGACCGGUCCCCUAUAUCUUGAAAUACCAAAUUUACAGUUCUUCAACUACUGAAAAACAAUAAGUACCGGUAGGAAUCACUGCAAAACAGUCAUAGUGAAAUCUUUGACAGGACAAUGAGCAUGACAGCGUUAAAGGGGCUUUUUCACCGCAUUACAUUGCAGUUUGAGGUCCAUUUGUGCUGAAAUCACUGCUUAGUGCCCUCACCCAAAAUACCCCUGUAGAGUUAGGUACGAAGUAGAUAUGAAACAAACUUCAUCAGGGAGCACUAACCAUGAUGAUUUUCUGGUGGUUUAAUCUUGAAAAACAAAGCCGGGCCAUUAUUUUUGGAAGUCAGUUGAUGCAGAAGAAAGUUUUAGCUUUUUGAAACGAUAGCAAAUAGCGUGACCAAGCCUCUUUUAAAAUUAUCUCCCGAAGUCUCAUAAGUAAUGAAUUGUUUGUUUGUGUGUUUGUUUAGGAGAAGCUUUCUCCAGCUGCCUCUCGCCGUAUUCGCGCCAUAUUUGGUAUAGUUUCACUCACGUGCUUAAUCCUAAGUAACUUGGUGUUCCUAUGUGGAAGUGAUCCUGUAUGGUUCUACGUUAAGAGAAUCUUCGUUUUUGGUAAGUUUGAGAUACAUUACAGUCAAGCCAGGUCAAGCGUACCCCACAAGAUUCCAUGACUUUUAGGCCUGACGUUUUGAGGUCUUAAAGUUCCCCUUAGUGUUUGCCUUUUCGCUGUUUCAAAACAAUGUGAUUUUUCAUAGUCACUUUAGGAAAGUGCAAAGCACCAUGUUAUGCGAAACUUUUCACAGUGCAUAUUAAAUCGGUUCUCGAUCUUAGUUACUGUCUGUGAUUCUAUUCUGCAGGUUGGCCGUCGUCAGCACUUUUACUUCUUUUCUCUAUGUACAUGAUUGUCCAGACAAACAUGGAGCUCAACAGACACAUUUCUCAGUGGUGA